GCCGGGAUCAACCGCGGCUGACAAGGCGCCGCCCGCACCGCCCCGGCUGCGCCACCGCCCCGGACUGUUCCGGCGCGGCGAGGCCGCCCUCCUUGGCACCCCCGGGUGGGGCAGGUCGAGCCCGGUGCGCUAUCCCUUUAAGCCCGGGCGAGAUGGGAGCUGUCAGCGACAACCGAGGCUAGAGCGGGACGUCGCCACCCGCCAGGCCAGAGGCAGGAGCCGCGGAGCGAGCGGAGAGCGGAGGUGGCGGCGGAGCCGGGCGCGGCAGGUCCCCUCGCCGCCCGCUGAGCUCUCCAACUCUGGGCCCGGCAAGGCGGGCGGCGCCCAGUGCAAUGCGGAGAAUGUGAGAGGCAGCGCAGGGCGGGCGGUGGGGAGGAGGGGGCGCGAGAGAGGGCGGCGGCAGGAUAGACGGAGAGACAGCGGGAGAGAGAAAGGACAGGGAACAGGGAGCAGGUGGAAGAAAACAGAAGAGAUAAAAGGAGAGGCAAGGACAGGAAAGGGGGGGCAGAAAGGGGUGAGAGAACACGCGGCACGGGCGGCGGCGCAGGCGAGGAGGAGGGGGCCGGCUUCUUCGGGUGGGAGCGCCGGAAGCCGGAGUUGGGCGCCCCGGCCGGGGUUCGGGAGGCGAGUGCGGCCGGGCCGGACAUGGUGGGGGAGCGGGGAAGCCGGAGGGGCCCCCUCUGGAAGCGACGGGGGACCUGAGGCGGGCCCGCCGGGAAAGGGACGCAGGGCCAGUCCAUAGGCCCCGCGGGCCGCGCUCCGGGGUCUCCGGCGGGCCGGGGCAAGGGGGCCUUUGUGAGCGCCCCAGGAGUGCGGAGCCGGGUGUGCGGCGGCGGGGAUGUGUGCGCGCCCGGGGCUGCGCGUGUGUGUGCGAGUGUGAGCGCCCGGGUGGGUGGGAGCGCGCGUUAGGGAUUCUGCUGGCAUCGCAGCGUGGAGAGCAGGAGGCAGGAGUGGGGCGCGCAGGGGAGCGCGGGGCCCUCCCGCGCACACGCACACGCCGCGCGCGCACACACAUACACACACGCACACGCCCUCCUUGCCUCGCUCGCUGCCGCUGCCACCAUCUCGGAGCCGAGCCCUGCGGAGCGGGAACCCGAGCCGGAGCGGGAACCGGAGUGGAGCAGAGCCGAGCCGGGGAAUGCGGGCCCGGAGCGGAGCGGCGCGCAAAGUGCGCGCCCGGGACGCCUCCUGUGCCCACAGGCCGUGAGGCUCCGCUGCCUACAGGCAAAGAGGGCUACUGAGUCAAUCCCAGGCUGACCCCAGCCCACUUGCAUUUCCCAAACGCCCGCCUGACCUGAGGUGGUCCUGCUCUUCCUCUCCAGCCUCCCGCACCUCCCAGGACUCAGGCUUGCCUGCCCCUCCACCUCGGAUCACUCUGGGAGUCUCUACACGGACUGGUCUCGGUUUACCCAUCAGCUUGGGGAUCCCAUGGCCAUGUCCUCGCUGCCUUGAGUCUGUGAGGCCAUACAGCCUCCCACCUGCGUCUACAGGGCUCUGUCCCAGUGCAGCCCCUGGACCUGCUCCCAAGCCCACCCCUCAGCCCAGCCUGGGGACUCUGCAAGCUUUAGGACUCAGAGGGGCACAGUAGCAGUCACGUGCAUGCUGGGACUGCGACUGAGAGGCUGCUGCUCCCCGGGCCCCCAGACACUGAUCUGUUUGCCUCCCGGCGCCGUCUGACCCAGGUGAGCGAGAGGAUGCUGGCGGGGGGCGCGAGGAGCAUGCCCAGCCCCCUCCUGGCCUGCUGGCAGCCCAUCCUCCUGCUGGUGCUGGGCUCGGUGCUGUCAGGUUCAGCCACCGGCUGCCCGCCACGCUGCGAGUGCUCGGCACAGGACCGCGCGGUGCUCUGCCAUCGCAAACGCUUCGUGGCAGUCCCCGAGGGCAUCCCCACCGAGACCCGCCUGCUGGACCUGGGCAAGAACCGCAUCAAGACGCUCAACCAGGACGAGUUCGCCAGCUUCCCACACCUGGAAGAGCUGGAGCUCAACGAGAACAUCGUGAGCGCUGUGGAGCCCGGCGCCUUCAACAACCUCUUCAGCCUUCGGACGCUGGGGCUGCGCAGCAACCGGCUGAAGCUCAUCCCGCUGGGCGUGUUCACGGGCCUCAGCAACCUGACCAAGCUGGACAUCAGCGAGAACAAGAUCGUCAUCCUGCUGGACUACAUGUUCCAGGACCUGUACAACCUCAAGUCGCUGGAGGUGGGCGACAACGACCUCGUCUAUAUCUCUCAUCGCGCCUUCAGCGGCCUCAACAGCCUGGAGCGGCUGACGCUGGAGAAGUGUAACCUGACCUCCAUCCCCACAGAGGCGCUGUCACACCUGCACAGUCUCAUCGUCCUCCGGCUCCGGCAUCUCAGCAUCAAUGCCAUCCGGGACUACUCCUUCAAGAGGCUGUACCGGCUCAAGGUCUUAGAAAUCUCGCAUUGGCCCUACCUGGACACCAUGACCCCCAACUGCCUCUAUGGCCUCAACCUGACCUCCUUGUCCAUCACGCACUGCAACCUGACCUCCGUGCCCUACCUGGCUGUGCGCCACCUGGUCUAUCUCCGCUUCCUCAACCUCUCCUACAACCCCAUCAGCGCCAUCGAGGGUUCCAUGUUGCAUGAGCUGCUGCGGCUGCAGGAGCUCCAGCUGGUGGGCGGGCAGCUGGCCGUCGUGGAGCCCUAUGCCUUCCGCGGCCUCAACUAUCUGCGUGUGCUCAACGUCUCGGGCAACCAGCUGACUACUCUGGAGGAGUCGGCCUUCCACUCGGUGGGCAACCUGGAGACGCUCAUCCUGGACUCCAACCCGCUGGCCUGUGACUGUCGGCUGCUGUGGGUCUUCCGGCGCCGCUGGCGGCUCAACUUCAACCGGCAGCAGCCCACAUGUGCCACGCCCGAGUUCGUCCAGGGCAAGGAGUUCAAGGACUUUCCUGACGUGCUCCUGCCCAACUACUUCACCUGCCGCCGCGCCCGCAUCCGGGACCGCAAAGCCCAGCAGGUGUUCGUGGAUGAGGGCCACACAGUGCAGUUCGUGUGCAGGGCAGAUGGCGACCCACCACCUGCCAUCCUCUGGCUGUCGCCCCGCAAGCACCUGGUCUCGGCCAAGAGCAACGGGCGGCUCACCGUCUUUCCCGAUGGCACGCUGGAGGUGCGCUACGCCCAGGUGCAGGACAACGGCACGUACCUGUGCAUCGCAGCCAAUGCUGGGGGCAACGACUCCAUGCCCGCCCACCUGCACGUGCGCAGCUACUCGCCUGACUGGCCCCAUCAGCCCAACAAGACCUUCGCUUUCAUCUCCAACCAGCCGGGUGAGGGAGAGGCCAACAGCACCCGAGCCACCGUGCCUUUCCCCUUCGACAUCAAGACCCUCAUCAUCGCCACCACCAUGGGCUUCAUCUCCUUCCUGGGUGUCGUCCUCUUCUGCCUGGUGCUGCUGUUCCUCUGGAGCCGGGGCAAGGGAAACACGAAGCACAACAUCGAGAUUGAGUACGUGCCCCGCAAGUCGGACGCGGGUAUCAGCUCCGCCGAUGCACCCCGCAAGUUCAACAUGAAGAUGAUCUGAGGAUGGGGCAGGGGAGCAGGGACCCCCGGGGCAGGCCGGGCAGGGGAAGGGACCUGGCUGCUGUGCUCACUCCUUGGGCCCUCCCGCCUCCCCUUGCCGCCCUGGCCCUACACACAUACACACACAAACGCACACACACCCUGUUCCCUGCGGCUCCCCUCCUCCGCCCCCUCCGCUGGCCCUCACCACUUGCCCUCUGCCUACCAGGACCUCUGCAGGCCAGGCCUGGGGAUCCCACCUGCACAGGGGCACACGUUGACAGACUGGAGUCGGAAGCCGACAGACCGACACGUGGCACAGUCAAUAAUUCAAUUAAAAAAAAAAGUUACGAACUUCCUCUGUAACUUGGGUUUCAAUAAUUAUGGAUUUUUAUGAAAACUUGAAAUAAUAAAAAGAGAAAAAAAAACUAUUUCCUAUAGCUAGUCGGAAUGCAAACUUUUGACGUCCUGAUUGCUCCAGGGCCCUCUUCCAACUCAGUUUCUUGUUUUUCUCUUCCUCCUCCUCCCCCACCCCCCCGCUUUCUCCUCCUCUUCCUCCUUUCUCUUCUCUUCCCCUAUGGGGAGGGAUCACUCAGGAAAACAGGAAAGGAGGCUCCGGCCCCACCUGCCCGGGCAGCUGACAGGAGUAGGCAGGGGAGGCAGGUGCGGGCUGGCUCUGGGCUGGCCAUUUGCAGGUAGCAGGUGGAGGAGAGAUAGGGCUGCCUGAUGGGGGUGGAGGCUGUUGGCCAAGAUGCCAGGAAGCACUACUGCCAGGGGUCGGGGGCCUGGCUCGUGUGUGGCUGAGACUCUGGACAGGGGCUGGGGUCCUCCUGGAGGACAGCAUAGUCGGUGGAGAGAGCCAGGGGCUGGAGGCGGGACCGAGGCCUAACCUCUGGUCCCAGCUCUGUCGCUGACCUACUGUGUGGCUUCAGACAGGUCACUGACCCUCUCUGGGCCUCAGUCUCCACAUUGUACAAAUGGAAAACGUGACUCCCCGCCCUGCCUACCUCACAGGGCUGUUGUGAGGAAUUGAUGAGAUGAUGUAUGUGAAACACUUUGUAACCUGUAAAGCGCUGUGCACAUGUG